AUGUAUGCGCAAAGGCCUUUAUCAUAUGCCCCGACUCCUUACAGCUAUACGCCGAACCCGGCGCUGGCUGCAUCCAUCAACCUCGACGAGGAAGUGAAAUUAGCCUCCAGCUCGGCGGAGCGCGAUCUUCACGAGUCUCUGGCGGAGAUUUACAGUAUCAUCGUUACAUUGGACGGUCUUGAGAAGGCUUAUAUCCGGGAUGUGGUUACGGAAGCGGAGUACACGGAGACCUGCACUCGCUUGUUAAAGCAGUAUAAGUCGAGCCUGGGCGACGACACCGUGGCGGGAGAGUUUGUCGACCUGGAGACUUUCAAGCGCAAAUGGGGCUUGGAAUGCCCCCGUGCCACCGAGCGUUUGCGAAUUGGGCUCCCCGCCACAGUGGAACAAGCCACACAUAGUACACCUGCAGCGAACAUGGCUCCGGCAGCAACAGGCCCGCCAGGCGGCACCUCUGGCAGCUUGAUCCUGACGGCCACCGAGAACUUUAUUACCUUCCUUGAUGCGCUGAAAUUGAACAUGGUCUCGAAAGAUGCAUUACACCCGCUGCUCUCGGAAGUGAUUCAGUCUGUGAACAGGGUGACUGAUGCGGAUUUCGAAAACCGGGGCAAGAUCAUUCAGUGGCUGAUCACGUUGAACCAAAUGCGGGCGACCGAAGAACUUAGUGAGGAGCAGGCGAGAGAACUGUCUUUCGAUAUCGAGCAAGCGUACAUGGGAUUUAAGAGCGAUAAUGAACUGAUAAGCCCAUUUUCAGUGCUCGAUCUUCCCCAGAUCCAUACCAAGCCCUCAGGCACCGAACUCAUCCAGGCUCUCGCUCUUCUGACGACCAAACCACGGAGUUUUGGUCUUAAGGCCCCUGAAGCGGUGAAGGCUCAGACCGUCCAUCCGGCCGGUAUCACCCGCUAUCUAACAUCGAUUAUCUCGAGUCCGCUCGCAUGGCUCGAGACCGAUGAGCUUCGUGAGGCUGUGUGGGACGCCGCUGCGGCCCGACUGAGCGAACGUUCUGGCCGAACUGCAAUGCCCGCCAUGUCGCGAGUCUUCAUGAUCCCGACCUCCCAGGGUGAAGAAUACACCCUCACCCUGCACGAGCCGUCUCUGACGGCCGACAACCUGGGCAUGAAGACCUGGGUCUCUUCGUACCUGCUCUCUAUCCGCCUGCACGCCCUCCUCGAAUCCCCCCCGCAGCUUGUCCCAACGACAACCACCACUCCGCAACUCCACCCCGACCGCACGCUCCGCGCCCUCGAACUCGGUGCCGGCACAGGGCUCGUUGGCCUCUCCUUCGCCGCUCUCCGCGGUAAAUCCGCCACUAUCCACCUCACCGACCUCCCCGCUAUCGUGCCCAAUCUCGCGCACAACGCCGCCCUCAACGUUGAGCUGCUCAGCCGCACCGGCGCCACCGUCACCACUGGCGUUCUGGACUGGUCCAUGGCGCCUUCGCCGCUCCCCACGCCCGCCGAGCAAUAUGACCUCAUCCUCGCGGCCGACCCGUUGUACUCGCCCUAUCACCCGAAAUGGCUCGUCGACACGGUCUCCCAUUGGCUAAGCCGGGGGCUCGACGCCCGUGUCGUGGUCGAGAUGCCCCUCCGCGAUGCGUACCUGCCGCAGGUGCAGGACUUCCGACAGCGCAUGGGCGAGCUCGGACUGGCGGUCGUUGACGAAGGCGAGGAGGUCGGCUAUGAUGACUGGGAGUCGGCUGAUGGCGGGGCCCUCCCAGUUCGAUGCUGCGCUGCCAUCUCGCUGCGCCAUGGUAUUCGCUCGCACGGCAGAGACUUGACUUUCUGUGCGAUGAUAUUCCACUCACAGCCACCGACCAUUAGCCCACCGAUGACAUAUGACGAAUGCACGCACCGCCACCCCGGCGAUAAACUGUGGAAUCAAUGCAGCUUUCCAUAUUAUCGGUCACCAUCCAUCAUGGUCAUUGGUUUACUAGUCCUAAGCGCCAUCCCCACCGUGACGGGGGUGUCGCUCGCCUCCAGCGAACAGCGCAAAGCCAACGAGCGCAAGAACGACGAGCGCCGCAUGGCCAAAUUCUACAUCGACGUCGCUGCACCCCCGCACAACCCCGAGGAUCCUGAGGUACAUAAUAAACGGGUAGUGUUGCGGGACUUUAAGGUAUUUCUGGACGAUCGUGACCCCGCAAAACGAGACCCUCCCGCGCAUACCGCGCAGGCGUUCUACAUCGAGUACCCGGAGUUUGAUCAUAUGAAACAUCUCAAACGCGGGUUCGGGGUUGCUACCUCUAUCUCGGAUAACCCGCCAAUGCUGGGAUGGAUCUAUGCGGACAAGGAUACGCAUGAGCUCAAGUAUGGGAAUCGCACGCAGAGCUGUGAGCAUGUCAUCGGGCCGUGGGAUUGGGUGGACGAUGAGACAACGUUGACGCUGGAGGGCAGUCGGCAGUUCGUCGCGGUGAAGGAGGAGGAUGGGUCGUGGGGGGUAUAUUUCGACCGAGACGGUGAUGAGCUGGAAGGGGUGUUGGAGGAGCAAGGGAAAUUGGACAAUGAGUAUCUGUUGCUACGGCUGAAAAGAAACCUGAUCGAGCAACCGGACGAUAAGAAUAAAAAUAAUAAUACAUGA